UCAAAUCGGUUCUUUGGUUUUCCACCACCAAAGCACCAGCUCCGAACCAGUAAAAGUGGUUCUUAAGUAGCACCAUAUCAUUGCUGGUCUAGAAGUAAGAACCGCUUACGUCAGCGGCUGGGGGCGGGGUUACCGUGACCAACAAGACGAGAGAAACUUUGUGAUCCGCCAUUUUUCGACAGCAGCUGAUCGAGCAAACAACAACGCAAUGGACGCUACUAGGCAAAAACAGCACUGGUCAGACGAGGAAACAAGCUGCUUUCUUGCACUCUGGUCCUCAUCAGAAGUCCAGAGUAAGUUAGAUGGGGCUUCGCGGUCGAAACCGGUUUUGCAGCAGAUUCAGAGAGAGAGAUGGCUAAAGACUAUAGGGACCAAAAAAAGGACAUCGGUCAAAGCGGCAAUGGGCGCCCUCGGCGAUAGGCCGGCAUGCCAGGUGACCUGGGCGCUGAACUCGGCCACAAUAAUGCUGGAGUCAAUGCUGGAUGAUUCGCCGCAGCAAAGUUGCACUGAUCAUAAACUGUCUGCCAUCAACGACCGUGAAGACAACGCUGAGUUGCCGCCACCGCUGGGCUGCAGCUCUGGAGAAGCAUCUUCAGAAUGGGUCUCUGCUGAAAACAACUAUUUGCGAUGCUAUGACAACACCUUGACGAUCUGUAUUCGUUUUUUAUUAUUAUUGUUCUACACAGGAAAAAGGAAGAGAGAUGGUACCUCGGAAAUCCUUCAAUAUCUGGAAAGGGCAGAUGAGAGGUUCCAGCAGCACAGCAAGGCAAUGGAUAAUGCCUUUUCUCAGGACAUGAGCGCGGACACACAAUCCCUGCUUGGACUCAUAGGGCGCAUGGUGGCCGUAUUGGAGGCACAAGUUAAAAAAUAAUUUUGGUUGCCGCUUUUCAUGUCAUUUAAAUUUUUUUUUUUACAAUUGUUGUUAC